AUGCUUAACAGCUCUAACGAGAGGAAGGGUUGCAUGCCAUUUGUCGUCGAUCUUAACGAAACUCCUUCUCUUUCUCCUCCUCCUCUUGCCGGAGAUGAUACUCAUGCUGCCUUUUCUUCUCCUCAUCAUCCGCCUCCGGUGGCUUCCGGCGAGGCGAGUAGUGAUCGUAGAGGUAAGCGUGUGUUCCUGGACAUCAAUGCGUUACCUAGUGAAGCUGAAGGACAAGACGAAGAAGAAGAAGAAGAAAGCACUCAUUUUGUUAGUUCCAGCAUGCAAUCUGUAGGAAGGCAUUUGUCAAGUGACUGUCCUUCCGAUACGUCACUAUUGUUACAGAAGCAGAGUGAAUUGCUUCUACAGAAUUUAAGACAAUUUGUUUUAGAUUGCAAUGGUGUCCUAGAAGAUGGUUGGAGAGUGGAAUUUUGUUAUUCUCAGAAAAAAUGCGAAACCCUUGCUGUUUACUGUUCACCAGAUGGACAUAGAUUUGAUUCAAUGGUUGAUGCUGCGUGUCAUAUUGGUCUGCGGAUGUCUCUGAAUGAGAGUCGUUCUGCUUUGGAUGCCGCGAUGACUGAAGUUACCCGAGUUUCGCGGGAGAAUGAGGAAUUAAAGAUCCAGAACACUGCUCUUACAAAUCAGAGAGAUUACUUUCAAGCUAUGUUGAAGAAGGGGUUUCGCGAUGUCUGCUCUCUCCUUCUGCGUACAACAAAGGAACAACGCAAGAUUCUUGAUUUAGAUGUGACUAGACUAAACUCCUGCCUAGAAGAUUUGAAAGUGUAUAAGGAGCCUCCUGCGAAAUCUGCGGCUCCCCAUUGUGUCUGAUUCUGUUCCUGCCCUUGAUCCGCCCUUUGAUCCUCGGAAACUUCCAAGUUAUUUUGAUGCUGAUUUGUCUGGUUUAGAUCAUCUCCAAGGGGAGUCAUCAAAUCAUCUUCAAGGGAGUCACACUCUCUUUCAUCAAAAAUGGUGAAGGAAUUUUUCUUUCACCAUUUCACUUUUUGAAUAUAAUAAUAUGGUUAAUUUACACUUUAAUACAUAUAAUUUGUAAUUGUAUUUAAUUAAUUACUUACUUAUUAAAUAAU